AUGCCGAAAUGGUUCGAAUGGCAAGCUGGGCCUGGAGAUUGCACAAUUCAGCUCUCUGAUCGAGCCCUGGACAUGCGACAAGUGAUCGUUCUAUCGGUGAAGGUUGCCAAACAGCGCAAGCCUCGCCCAGCACAGCUGCGGAAGGAAGAAGGACAAGAACACGGUGCCGGCAGCCAGGAGCCAGCCAAACUUCAGAAAGUGAAGCAAGAAGUUGCGCAGGACAUCGAGGCACGGCCGAAGGACGGAACCAAAGACGAACUCCAGGUGAAGUCUGAAGUGAAGGAAGAAGCCCAGGAGCGAGGCGAUCCUGGCAAGGCGAGCGACACCAAACGGGAAGUCAAGGAGACGCAGGCCAUGAAAAAAGAAGUAAAAGACGAGGAGGCGGCCACGAGGGAGCAAGUCAAAGAGGAGAUCGCUCAGAAGGACAUGAAGAAGGAGGUAAAAGAGGAGGUUUCGAAGGAUGCACACAUGGACGUGAAGACAGAGAUCAAAAAGGAGGUGUCAAAGAACAUGUCGCAAGAAGUCAAAGAGGAGAUGCCGCAGAAGGACAUGAAGCAGGAGGUGAAGGAGGAGGUUCGCCCUGAAAUGAAGCCUCAGAUCGGAGAUGGGGCGGCGGAUGCACACAGAGCAUUUGCAGCAACCAUGAAAGUCAGGACAUGCGUGAAGCGCGAGCUGGUGCAUGAAGAAGAGCAGGUGUGUGUUAAGGAGGAGCAUGCUGAGCAGGCUGGUCCGAUCCAAGAAGCCAAACGGCGUCGCAUCAGCCAGAAGAAAUCGGAAGCCUCAGUUCCAUCCUUCGAGUCGCGAAUGACAGAGUGGGCCGAGAAAUGCCUCGCAUUUCAAUCCUCUGGCAAGACGUGGCUCCCUACGAAGCCCUGCUGUCCGGCUAGCCCAUUUCUCGGAUUAGCAGGUGCUCCGUGGCAAGGAUGUGCAAGAGACAAGACAACAGCAUGCGUGCAGCUCCUCGACAAAGAUCAGUUCAGAGAGUUGCGCGAGUUUUACCGCGAGAAUCCGCACCAUGCCCUUUUCCAUGACAGCAGCGACGCAAGCAGCGGGCGACAGACAGAGACCACUGUUGCAUCUAGGCUGCAGGCCCACAGGAGCUCCACCGGCAAUCAGCACCGAGCAGCUGAGUGCAUGAAGAUGUGGCCUUGGAUGCGGGACCUUCCCACGCGAGCUUGGGCCGGCAACGGCUGGAUGCUCGUGGAGGACGGCAUGAUGAAGCUCUCGCCGACCGGAGGGGGCUCCGCCAUGCAGGGCCUCGAGAUCUUCGAGUCCGUGGGCUCCGUCCCGGAACCUGGCGAGCCGAAGUCUUCGGAGCCAUCCAGCGGAGCCGAGCCCAGAGCCGAGCAAGGCCAGGUCGUCACAAGGACUUUCCGAGGCCUGGAGCGCCAGAGCGGCAUCCAGGGAAUCAGCUGGAUGAUUGCGAUGGCAAGCUGGAGCGUCUCCUGGCAAGUAUCAGGCAAACGGCAUAGGCUCUACUUCCCCAUCUCCAAGCACAUGAAGCUGGGCCUCAGCGAGGCCGAGGCGUUGGAGGCCGCCCUGGAGGAGGCCAAGGCUUUCCGCGAGGAGCUCGUGCGCCAGGGGAAGCUGAAGCCGCCGAAGCCCAUCACGGAGAAAGCCCAUGGCUCCGUGGUGAGGGGCCUUCACUACAACGAAAGCACCAGAACCUAUCAGGUGCGGAUGACUGACCCCUCCACCAAGAAGAGGGUCCACGGUGGCAUGUUCAAGGUGAAGGAGGAGGCCGAGGCCCGGGCUCGGGAGCUGGCCCGGGAGUUGGGGCUGCAGGAGAAGGUGGUGCCGGUGAAGCCGCUCUCGGAGCUCCCCAACUUCGAGCCGCUGGGGCCACAGCUAGGGAUCAAGUGGAACCGUGGCGAGCAUGCCUGGCAUGCAACUUGCCAUGUUUCCGGCAAGCAGAGGAACAUGAGGUUCCGCCCGAAGGACUUCUCGUCGAAGGAGGUGGAGAAGGCCUGGAAGCAGGCGGUGGCCUGGCGCAAGCAGCAAGAGAAGGAGAGAGAGCGGAUCGAGCAGUCCCAGAAGCGAAAGCGCUAA